AUGGCCGGCGCCGUCAAGAAACCCGUCAACAUCUUCCGCCUCAAGGACCUCGGCGAGCCCCAAGGCGUCUUCAACUGGCGCCUCUGGUUCGCCGUCAUCUCCUUCGCCCUGCUCGGGGCCGCCCGCGGUAUCGAUGAGGGCCUCAUCUCGGGGGCCUUCAACUCGCCCGACUUCAAGAACCAGAUCGACUACAGCUCCUACUCGAGCACCGAACAGGCCAACAUCAAGGCGAACAUCUCGGCCAUGGUCCAGAUCGGUUCCGUCGGAGGUGCCCUCUUUGCCUUCAUGGUGUGUGAUCGGAUCGGCCGAAUAAUGGCCACCCGCGUCCUCUGCGCCCUCUGGGUUCUCGGCAUCGCCAUCUUCAUGGCCGGCGGCGUCAACGGAAACCUCGGCGCCAUCUACGCCGGCCGCUUCAUCGCCGGCCUCGGCGUCGGACAGACGCCCGUCGUCGGUCCCAUCUACAUCGCCGAAGUCGCUCCUGCCUCCAUCCGAGGCCUCUGCACCUGCUUCUUCACUGGAGCCGUCUACAUCGGCAUCGUCCUCGCCUACUUCACCAACUACGGCUGCGCCCUCCACCUUGACCCCGACAGCCACAACCGUUGGCUCGUGCCGACGAGCCUGCACAUCAUGAUGGCCGGCAUCAUCUUCAUCCUCACCUUCUUCCAGUUCGAGUCUCCCCGCUUCCUCGUGAAGCAGGGCAGGUCCGAGCAGGCCACAAAGGUCAUGGCCCACCUGCGGCACCUCGACCCCGACAGCGAAUACGUCGUCGGCGAGAUCGCCGCCAUCCAGGCCGCCCUCGACCACGAGCUCGAGGCCACCAGGGGCGUCGGCUGGGCCGGCAAGCUCAAGGAGAUGUUCCUCGACAAGAGCAACCUCUACCGCGUCUACCUCGCCUCCACCGUCCAGCUCUUGUCGCAGUGGUCCGGCGCCGGCUCCAUCACCCUCUACGCGCCCGAUCUCUUCGAGAUCCUCGGCAUCUCCGGCUCCGAGGAGGGCCUGCUCGUCACCGCCGUCUUCGGUAUCGUCAAGCUGGUCGCCGCCCUCGUCUGCGCUCUCUUCCUCGUCGACGUCAUCGGCCGCAAGCGCGCUCUGCUUACGGGCAUCACCCUGCAGGCGAUAUCCAUGAUCUACGUCGCCGGCUUCCUGACGGCCGUCCCUCAGCUCGGCGUCGAGGACGAUUAUGUCCUGUCGGCUCCCCAAAAGGCCGCCAGCCGAGGCGCCGUCGCCAUGAUUUACGUCUCCGGCUGCGGUUGGGCCCUUGGCUGGAACUCGAUGCAAUACCUCCUGACGGCCGAGCUGUUCCCCCUUCGGAUCCGCGCCCUCGCCACCUCCUGGGCCAUGACGCUGCACUUUGCCAACCAGUACGGCAACUCACGCGCCGUCCCCAACAUGCUGCUGCCCUUGUCGCAGGGCGGCAUCUCGCCCUCGGGCACCUUUUGGUGCUUCGCCGUCGUCACCAUCCUCGGCGGUUUCUGGGUCUGGUUCUCGGUCCCGGAAACCAGCGGCCGCUCCCUCGAGAAUAUGGAUCGCCUCUUCGACUUGCCCUGGUACAGGAUCGGUCUCUACGGAAACCGGGAUGCCGAAGAGAAGGACAUGGCAUACGACGAGAAGAAGCGGGUGAUGGAGGAGAGCCACGGAAGGGAGGAGCACAUCGAGAGGGUCGAAAAGGUCUAA